AUGGACCCCGAGGACGAUGAAUUUUUAGCGGGGCUAGCUCCUCCAGGCGUGCAGACGCUGAGGCGCUCGCCGUCAGGGGCCUCCACGGCGGCCUCGGCGGCGUCUAUGCUGUCCAGCACUCCCGCCUCCGCCUCCACCAGCGCUUUACCGCCGCGGCCGGCGACGAGCAGCCGCAAGGCGACGACUGACGCAGUCGGCACCCUCAUGGACUUCCUGAGGCAGGAGGAAGACCUGGCAUUCCCAGCAGUGGGGCCGGCGGCGGCGCCGCCAUCCAAAGGCGCGCCCCAGACCCAGCGGGGAGAGCGCGCCGAGACCUUGCACGCGGACUCUGGCCGAGGCGCGGCAGCCGGCGCAGCGCCACCAGAGGUCCCUCCGGCGCGCGCGCCGCCGCAGCAGCCGCCGCUGCAGCAAGCGCCGUUGGCGACCAUCCGUCCGUCGUCCUCGCCUGCAUCUGUCUCGGCCGGCGCGCCCCAAGCGCCGGUCGCGGGCCGCAGGCGCGCCGACACCGGGGCCGCGCCCGCCGCCGCGCCCGCCGCCGCGCCCGCCGCCGCUCAGUCACAGCCGCAGCCAGCGGCCUCAGCUGGAAGCGCCGCGCACGAGAGCGGCGGCGCGGCCAGGGCGGGCAGCAGUAGCUGGGACCUGCACGAACUGCUGCCCGGGUUGGGCGCCUCUGGGGGCGGCAAAGCGGGCGCGGCUGGCGCAGGCGUCGAGCAGCAGCGCUCGGGCGCAGAAUCAACGUCUCCAGGCAGCCCAGGGAGCGAUGCAGGGGCCGGAGGGGGCAGCUACGUGCCGUCCUUCAUGCAGAGUGGCAGCAGCGGCGGCGGCGGCGGCAGCAGCAGCGUGGGAGUUGGCCCCCAGCCAGAGGACGACGAGAAGCGGCGGGCGGCGGCGGCUAUGGCUGCAGGGCUUGCGAGGCGGGUGCAUUUCGAGCAGCAGCAGCAGCAGCAGCAGCAGCAGCAGCAGCCGGCCCGCCCAGCAACCUCACCCGCGGCUCAGCCACAAGCGUCUUACGGGCUCCAAGCGCCCGGCCGGCCGCAGUCGGCGGGCGUUGUCGGCGGCAGCGCGGCUGCGGUUGACCCUUCGGGCCUGCUGCGGCGGAUCACAGGAGGAGCCGAGACGCCUGCAGCUUCCGCCGCCGCGGGCAUGGCUGCGCUGGCCGGCCUCUUAGGGUCGCCGCAGCAGCCGCCGGCGCAGCAGCCGCAGCAGCAGCCGCAGCUGGCCCAUGCGGACGGGCCCGCGCCGGGCGGCGCCUCCGGCAGCGGUGGCGGCGGCUUUGGGGGCGUGUUGGCCAGGACAUUGGCUGACCUUGGUAUUCAGGAAGGCAGCGGAAGCAGUGCGAGUAGCAGCUCGAAGCGGCCGUUGCAGCAGCAGCAGCAACAGCAGCAGCAGCAGCUGUCUUCAGGGGCGCCAAGCAUCAUCACGCGGCUUGCACCUCUGCCGGCGGGCGGCGGGUUGGCUGGGCCCGCGGCUGCGCAGGCAGGUGGGUCGGCGGUGGAGCGGCAGCAGGCGGGCAAGGCAAGUGCUGGUGAUGAAACCAUGCGCAGCCGGCAAUGGCAGCAGCAGCAGCAGCAGCCACAGCAGCAGCCGCAGCAGCCACAGCAGCCGCAGCAGCAGCAGCCACAGCAGCUACAGCAGCUACAGCAGCAGCAGCAGCAGCAACAGCAGCAGCAGCAGCAGCAGCAGCAGCAGCAGCAACAGCGGCAGCAAGAACAGCAGCAGGCAAACAGCAGCACCACCAUGCAGUUCCCUUCUUCCCAGGCCAUGCAGUCCCUGGCGUCUGUGGAGGCGCAGGCCGUGGCAAUCGGCGAGGCGGCCGCGCUGCGGCGAGAGAUGGAGCAGCUGCGGGCCGCAGAGGCGCGUGCGCGGCGAAUGCUGGAGGAGCGCGAGGCGGCGCACCAAGGGGAGGUGGCGCGCCUGAAGGCCGACGCCGAGGCGCAGCGGCGCGCGGCGGAGGACGCGUUGCUCAGGGCGGCGGACGCCAGCGCUAGGGAGGUCGAGGCGGCCGCCCAGCGGGCGCGGAGGGAGGCUCUGCUGGAGCGCGACGUGGCGGUGGCGCAGGUCAAGGCGCAGGCGGCGGCGCUGGCGGCCGAGCGCGAGAGCCUGGCGGCGCAGCGGCUGCGGGCCGAGGAUCUGGCGGGGCUGGCGGAGCAGGUGCGCCAGGCGGCCAACGCCAACGGGGAGCGCGAGGCGCGUGCUCUCGCAGCGCUGGAGCGCGGCAGCGCGCAGCACGGCGCGGCGCUGGAGCAGCGGUUGAGGGCGCUGGGGGAGCGGGAGGGGGCGGUGGCGGCGCGGGAGAGGCAGCUGGAGGAGUUGAAGGCCGAGCUCGCGCGGCUCGCCGCGGCCCUGGAGUCGCGCGCCGCCAACGACCGGGAGGCGCUGGGCGCGCAAGGCCUGAGGGUGGCGCGCGACACGGCGCGGCUGGAGGCGCUGCAGUCUGCCAUCCUGGCGGAGCGCGAGGAGAUGCGUGCCAGCGCGGUGGAGGAGCGCAAGGCGCUGGAGGAGGCGCGGGCGCAAAGAUCCAGGGAGCGCGAGGCGUUCCUGUCUGAGGUGGCGGCCGAGCGCCGGCGGCUGGCGGAGGAGAAUGCCGCCGCGGCCCGCGCCGCGGAGGAGGCGCGCUCCCACCUGCUGGAUUUGAAGGGCCGCGUUGCCGACUACGAGGCCGCGGCGUCCGCUGCACUGCGGCAGGCGCGCGAGGAGGAGGGGCGCGCUGCGGCGGCCAGGGAGGGGGCGCAAAAGGAGCGGGAGGAGGUCGCGGCCGCGUGGCGGGCGCUCAAGGACGCGCGCGCCAAGCACGAGGAGGAGAAGGAGCAGCUGCUGGAGUGGGGGGAGCGCCUCAGGGCCCUAACCUCGGACUUCGACCGCGCGCGCGUCGAGGUGCGGUCGGCCCGCCAGGAGAUUGAGGCGCACAGGGGCGGCCUCGCGGCCGACGCCGCGGCGGUGGCGGCGGCGCGGGCGGCGGCGGAGGAGCGGGCGGAGGCGGUCGCGGCGGCGCGGGCGCUGCUCGACAGCUAG